CAAAGAAUACGAUGACAGGGUGAAUUGUAAUGGUGUACACUGCUGCAGAGUCAUGCAGUCCACCUUAUCUCAUAUUUCCUUUUCCUUUCCACGUCCUUCCACAAUUGGUAGCGUGAAAAUAACAUCACGUGCACUCUUAACUGUACCACCUCAGGUACGAGCAUUGUCCGUGGCAUCAAUUGCAGCUUCAAGCUUCAGAGGUCAGGAUCACUGCAUCUGAAAAUUCAGGCCUCUUACAACUGUGUUCUAGCUGUUCAUUGGGAUAACGACAAUGGGUUUUACCAUUAUACCGGUGGCCGAUGGCUGUUCAACGAGGCAGAGCAGUUCGCUGACAGACGCAUUAACUUCAACAUGGCAGAGUUGGUCAGAGUUGCAACUGCAAGUCUAGGUUGUGGCCCAGAUUCAUGCAUUAGUGUCGAAAAGCUUCCGGAAGGUAACUAUAAUAAAGUAUUUCUCAUCAAGCUACAUGAUGGGCGACAAGUCGUUGCCAAAGUUCCUAAUCCCAAUGCUGGCCUGCCAUUUUAUACCACGGCCAGUGAGGCUGCGACGAUGGAAUUUGUAAGGACUGUUGCUGGAAUCCCAUCGCCUAAGAUUUAUGCUUGGAAUGCUCGUGCCGCAGAGAGUCCUGUCGGCGCCGAGUAUAUCAUUAUGGAGAAAGCUGAUGGAGUUUUGCUUAGCUCCAAAUGGCCUUUGAUGAGCACAAAAGAGAAGCACCAGUUGACACAGAGUAUCAUUGCAUUCGAGCGGAGCCUGCUUGCACAUAAAUUUGAAAAUAUUGGAAGCAUUUAUUAUGAAAGAGACCUCGUCGACUCACAGGAUAAGUUCCCCGCAACUGCUUACUCUGGAUUCGUGGUCGGUCCCACUACCGACAGAAAAUUUCUCGAAGACGGACGAAGGAAAGUCAAAACAGACAAAGGACCAUGGAAUACUGCGAAAGAGUACAUCCUCUCAUCGGCCAGGCGCGAGAGAGCAUGCAUUCAGCAAUCUAUCAAAUUCCCAAAGCCAGAAGGAAUAUUCGGUGGACCGAGAUCCUACACGCCAACGGCCGCUGCAAAGCUUGCGGUGUUGGACGAUUUUGAAAAGGUCGCUUCAUAUCUCCUUCCCAAGGACUCCGCUGUCCACAUUCCUGUCCUAUGGCAUCCCGACCUGCACUACGACAAUAUAUUUGUCGACUCUGCGAAUCCGGCAAAAGUCCUUUCCAUCAUCGACUGGCAGUCUGUACAUGUAGCACCACUCUUCCAGCAAGCCAGUACCCCGGCAUUCUUGGAGUAUCAUGGUCCAAAGCCGCCAGAGGGCAUAUCGGCACCAACCUUACCAGACAAUUUCAACGACCUGAGCCCCGUCGGAAAAGAACAAGCCGAAAUCUUACUUGCGCAACAGUCUCUAUACAAAUUAUACGAAAUCCAAUCUGCCCGACAAAAUCCGCUUGUUUUCAAGGCACUACGCUACGCCAACACGCUUGGAAGCCAAAUCAUUUCUCUCGUUUCUCAGGUUUUCAAUGAUGGCGAACCGAUUAUCAAAGGCCAGCUGAUCCAACUAGCGCAUGAAUGGGACCAGGUCGUCGGCAAGGACGGACCGCCUUGCCCGCUUAGGUUCACGCCGGCAGAUAUUGCUGCGCAAGAUGCAGACCAGCAAAAGUGGGAAGAAGGCGUACAGCUCAUGGAGGAUGUCAUUGACGCCCUUGGCGGUGCAGAAAACGGUUGGCAGGGCUGGGUGAGCCAUGAGGAGUAUGAUCAGUUGAAGAAAAAGUUGGAAAUUGUGAGAAAACAAUUCGUGGAGCACAUGGCGCAGAAUGAGGAAGAGCGUGAGGUUUGGGAUAGAGUAUGGCCUUUUCAGGAUACAUAGUUUAGAACGGGGCCCCGAAGUAUUGAGAGAGCGACGGGCAUCAUAGACGUAUAAGACACGGCUUGCAAAUCGAUUCCGUCCCCGCCUUGCAAAGGACAAUGUGAGCUAAAGAGCAGGACAGAAACAAGA